GCAACUCACUGUCCCUUCAAGGGUGCAGAGCGGCGAUACACAAAGUAUAGUGAGCACUAAGCGAAUAUAAGGCUGCAGGUUCAGAAUUUACAGCCAGAGAGUCGGUUGCGGUGAAAGCGAUCUGGACUUGAUGUCAGCUAAAAAAUAAUGAUCCCCAGUUGAGAAUGACACGGCUGUUGCGGGGCAUCAAGACUGAAGGCCUGCGGCUUCGAUUAGUGGAUGCUCGAGAGCAGGUGGUGGGUCGGUUGGCAAGUCAACUGUCCUUGCUUCUCCAGGGAAAAGACAAACCUACUUACACCCCAUGGAAAGAGGAGGGAGACAUCUUGGUAGUGACAAAUGCCAAGCAUGUGGUGUUUACUGGGGAGAAGUGGGACCAGAAAUUGUAUAGAUGGCACACUGGAUUCCCUGGAGGCCUGAAGGAGCGCCCAGCGAAGAAGGAAUUCGAGAGGGAUCCCACGUCAAUCUUGCGGCGGGCCGUCUAUGGCAUGCUGCCCAAGAACAAGCUUCGGAAGGAGCGCGCCAGGAAGCUCAGGAUAUUCCCUGGCGAGGAGCAUCCCUUUGCUGACCACCCUGCCUUGGUCCCCUGGGAGAUGCCCCCACGGAAGCGGCGUGUGAGGGAGGCCCUGUUCGAGCUGCCCGAAGGCUACAAGCCGCUCAACCCCACAGUCUACAGGAAGCGCUUUGGGCACAUGCUCCCUGAUGCGGACAUGUCAUGCUUGUUUGAGGCCGAGGAAGAGAGCAUUAUCCCUGCGGCGAAGCCCGCGGAGGAUGGUUCUGGCAAGUCAUGACUGAUAUGGGAUCAGGGCAUUGGGCCAAUUGUGAAAUGAGCUGGUCUGAUCAGGCAGGCAUGUACUGGUAACAGGGAAGUCUUCCAGAUGAACGGCGCUAAACAGGCACUGAAUUGGACUUUUCAAGCAAUUCAUUUGUACCAUUGGCCUCUAAAUUCCCCUCAGCAGAGGCUGGGAUUGACCGUUCUAGAUGAUGUAAAGAUUACAUUGU